CGUUUCUCAUGUUUAUCGUGUAAACGAAUGAUACCGUUUCAAGAAAAUUUUAUAUAUGUAAUUCAUAGAUUAUUAAAUAAUACAUAUGUGAAUUUGAAAUGUUAUUUAUAAAAUUAUGAAUUCUACUACUUUGUCAUCUGGAACUUUGAGUCAUUCGCCAGGACAAAGAGGUACAGAAUCCCAAGAUUCAGAAUUAACCUCUGUUGGAAAUCAAACUUCGAAAAUAUUGAAUCAAAUGAAAUCUGAGUUACAAGAACAAAAACAACAGGAUCGUUUACUUCGAGAGUUACAUUUAAAACGUGUUCAAUCAUUAAGAAAAGAAUUAGAUUAUAUUAAAGCAACAGAGUGGAGAUAUCAACCAAUCGAUCGGUAUAUGGAUAGAAAUAGUAGAAAUUAAAUAUGUUUUCAUUUAUAUAUACACUUAUAAAAUAUACUAUAGGAAAUAAAUCAUCAAUUAAAAAUGAAUCAGAUGAAAUAAAUAAUGUUAUAGCACGCAUUGAAAAUGCUUAUGAAAAAGAAAUACAAGAAGAUGAAUAUUUUAAUAAAGAUGCUAAUUAUUAUAAAAUAGGAAAUAUUACUUUAAUUGACACAGAUUAUGUAGUAGUUGAUGAUUUUUAUAUUUGUGAUAGAGUGAAUAUUUCUAUAGAUAACUUAAAAGUAGGUGAUAGAGUUUAUUAUUUGCUUUUCCAAGACAAUCAUGGAACAGGAUAUAAAAUAAAAAAGAUUAUUUCUGUGAUAGAUGAAUCAUGGGAUAAUGAAAUAAAUGUUAUUAAACCUCAAACAUUAACAAAAUGUAUAAUUGGAAAAGUUACAGAACGUAAAAAUCGAUUAUUAAUUGUAGAACCUAAUAAUAUUAUUGUUGAUUUAAACAAAGUACAAUCUGAAUUUAUUCCUGUAAUUGGAGAUUGGUUAAAAUUAGAAUCAGAAGUAGAGAUUGAUGAAAUUUCUUAUAAUUUUAGUGGAGAAAUUUUGGAGAUAAAAAAAAUACAACCUCUACGAUCUAAGUUAAACAUUGGAAUUGUAUCUUGUUUUGACCCAAUUAAAGAAAUUGGUGUUAUUGGAAAAGAUACUGUAUUUAAUAAAAGGAUAUGUGAUACUGGCUAUAUUCCUUGUGUUGGUGAUAAAGUAAUAAAUGACAGUAUUGAGAGUGAUCAAGGAAUUUAUACAUGGAGAUCAUUAACAGUAGUUCCAGUGAUUCAGACUUCUAUAAAAAAAAUGAAAUUACCAAUGUUAUAUAAUACCUUUACAUCAAAAAAAAAUUUAAAUGAACUUGCAAAAGAUAAAUGUGGUAUUGUUAUCAGUGAUAAUAUAAACAUUGAUUUAAAUAUAGAAGAAGAAAAAAAUGUAACAGUUAUUGUAGAAAAUGUAGGUAAUACUACUCAUGUAUUGUGCAAAGGUUGUUUUAUGAUAAAAAAAGCCCAUUCUCAAUUAACUUUGAUGCAACCAAUUAUUCCUAACACAAUCUUAAAUCCUUCUGAUAAAUUAAUUUAUAUAUUUAAGUGCACAGCAAAAUUUAUUGGUAUAAGCAAAGAAUUAUUUAUCUUUAAUUUUAAAGAUUUUGAAAUCGGACGAAUUUUUAAUAUUACUAUUAAACCUAAAACUAUAAAAAAUAAAUCAUAUAGUAAAAAUAAUAAUGUUAAUAUCAAUUAUAUGUCAAACUUGGAUGAAUGGAAUGAAGCUACAUACAUUCCAGGUAUUCGUCCAUGUAAACCACCAUCAUUUAUUAAAGUACGAAAUAUGAUAUUUAAAGUUCCUAAACAUUAUUGGGAUAUAAUAUCAAAAUGUAUAAAUGAAGGAAAAUCACAAACUGAAAGUGAAUAUGAUAUAGGAAAUGCUAUACCUUGUUUAUUAAAUAGACUUUGUUUUGAAUCAUAUAAAGAUCGUUUUCAUGCAUUAUUAUAUUUAGAAGAAAUUGCACAAACAAUAAACUUGCAACAAUAUAAUAUAGAUAGUACAAUUAUGAGACGUUGUGGAGAAUAUUUGGUUAUGGAAGUACCAGGACUUGCAGAAAAACGUCCAUCUCUUUUGGUUGGUGAUAGAGCUAUAGUAUCUUUCAAAUGGGAUAGUUCUCAAGGAAAAUUAAAAUAUGAAGGAUUUAUUCACAAAAUUACAAAUUUGGAAAUUUUUUUGAAAUUUAAUUACAAAUUUCAUCAAGAAUAUAAUUAUGAUGAUUGUCAAGUAUCAUUUAAAUGUUCACAAUCUGUCAUGCAACGUUGUCAUAAUGCAAUUAAUAUGGCUGUACAUCGUCUUGGUCAAAAUUUUUUGUUUCCUACUCAUGUAAUAGAAAAAGAAUCUCAAUUAGAUAUUGAAGAAUUUGAAAUAAAAAAUAACUCAAUUUUUAAACAGACUCAUCAACGGACUAAUUCUGUAUCAUCAGAAUCUUCUUCUACUAGUACUACAUCUACAAGUAAUAAAUCUAAUGGUACAACAAAAUCGUUUACAAAAAUGUCAGUUGUACAACGAUUAUUUAAUGUUGAACCAAUUGAGCAAAAUCUAGCAAUGAAAUCUGAUAUAAUUGUAAAAAAUGAAUAUAUUAAAACAAAAGAUGAAAUGAAUGUUAUUAAAGAUGCAAUGCAUGAAUUGCCAGAUUCAAAUUCUUCUUAUAAUAUUGAAUUACAGCCAAUUAUUUCACAAGUACGAAAACGAAAAUUGCAUUGGUUUAAUAAAAAUUUAAAUUACUAUCAGAAAGAAGCUGUAAAAAAUAUCUUAAAAGGACAUGCACGACCAUUACCUUAUGUGAUUUUUGGACCACCUGGUACAGGAAAAACCAUUACUCUUUGUGAAACAAUUCUGCAAAUUUUAUCAAUUAUACCUGAAAGUCGAUUAUUAGUUGCAACACCAUCUAAUAGUUCGGCAAAUCUUAUAGCAGAAAGACUUUUAGAUAGUGGUGUACUUAAACCUGGUGAUAUGGUACGACUUAUAGCUUAUCAUUGCUUGGGUAAUGAUUCCAUACCCAAUAAAUUAUUACCAUACUGUGCCACUGCAGAAUUAGCAGAUGAAACAACAGUUGAAAAAAUAAAAUAUAAUGGAGUAGGACCAAAAUUAAAUUGUACUAUGAGUAUACUUGGACGCCAUAGAAUUACUAUUGGUACCUGUAUUGCAUUGGGAAUAUUAAAUAAUAUGGGUUUUCCUCGUGGACAUUUUUCACAUGUACUAGUUGAUGAAGCAGGUCAAGCAACAGAACCAGAGAUUAUGAUUCCACUUAAUUUUAUUCAUUCUGAUUAUGGACAAGUAGUUCUCGCAGGCGAUCCAUUACAACUCGGACCAAUUGUACAAAGUGGAAUAGCAAAAAAUUUUGGUUUAGACGAGUCAUUUUUAUUAAGAUUGUUACGUCAUUUUCCUUAUCAAAGAGAUCCUAAUGGAUUUGAAACACAUUAUGAUCCUCGACUUGUCACGAAACUUAUUGUAAAUUAUCGAAGUUUACCAGAAAUACUCGAAUUAUCAAGUUCAUUAUUUUAUGAUUCUGAAUUAAAAGCACAGAUAUCUUCUAAAAAAAGUAAAGAAGCAAAACUUUUACAAACAUUAGCUUCUGAAUUGCCAAAAAGAAAAGGUAUUCCACCAGCUAUAGUUUUUCAUGGUGUAAAUGGUGAAAAUUGUAAAGACAACGAUAGUCCAAGUUGGUAUAAUCCUGAAGAAGCAACUCAAGUAUAUCUUUAUUUGUUAAAGUUAUAUAAAUGCGGUCUUUCACCCGAUGAUAUUGGAAUUAUAACUCCUUAUCAAAAACAGGUUCUUCAAAUUCGUGAAUUACUCAUGGAAUUAAAUAUAGAAUUACCAAAAAUUAGUAGCGUUGAAGGAUUUCAAGGUCAAGAGCGCAAUGUUAUCAUUAUUUCAGCUGUACGAUCUUCAACUAAUUUUGUAAAUGAAGAUAUUAAACAUUCUCUUGGAUUUGUUGCUUGUCCUCGAAGACUUAAUGUGGCAGUUACUCGAGCUCGUGUUUUAGUUAUUAUCUUAGGAAAUCCCAAACUUUUGGCACAAGAUCCAUAUUGGAAAAGCGUUUUAAUAUAUUGUAUUAAUCAAGAUUCUUAUACUGGAUGUAGUUUCGGUUUUUCCAAUAUGGAAGAUUCUUGGAUAGAAGCAAAUAAUUUUUUUAUUAAUGAUGAAAUAAACAAAUCAUGAUGAUUUAUGGCAAUAUUCAUUAAUUAUAUCUUUUUUAUAUCUAUCGCAUAAAAUAUCUGUUAUUAAAUUAUAAAAUUACAUUUUAUCAAAUAUACAGUAUUUUAUGUUCAUAUAUGUUUUUAGGAAGGAAUAAAUAAUAUUGUUGAUAUUAUGA